GGUUAAAAGGGGACGGGGGUGGGGAGCCGUCAAAGGCCCGGAAAGUUCGUCCUGCCGAGGGUUCCGGGGAGAAGGCCUCGUCCAGCAGCGGAGGGAAGGCGCCCAGGAGCCGAAGCGGUUGCGGGAGCUGUGGGCCCGAAAACACUCUUUUUAGAGCAUCCUGGUACAGUCAGCAUGUCUUCCUUAAGUGGGAAAGUCCAAACUGUCUUGGGCCUUGUGGAGCCAAGCAAACUGGGCCGCACCCUGACCCAUGAACAUUUGACAAUGACCUUUGACUGCUGUUACUGCCCACCUCCUCCAUAUCAUGCAGCUACCUCUAAGGAACCUAUUAUGAUGAAAAAUUUAUUUUGGAUUCAGAAAAACCCUUAUUCCCAUAAAGAGAAUCUUCAGUUGAAUCAGGAGAUGGAAGCCGUAAAGGAAGAGCUGUUGCAUUUUAAAGCCACAGGUGGAGGGGCUUUGGUGGAGAACACAACCAUCGGGAUCAGCCGAGACGUGGAGACUCUGAAAUGGCUUGCAGAGGAGACUGGUGUCCAUAUCAUAUCCGGAGCUGGGUUUUAUGUGGAUGCAACUCACUCUUCAGAGACCAGAGCCAUGUCAGUGGAACAGCUUACUGAUGUCCUCACUAAUGAUAUUCUCUGUGGAGCUGAUGGAACCAGUAUCAAGUGUGGUGUCAUUGGAGAAAUUGGCUGCUCCUGGCCUCUGACUGAGAGUGAGAGAAAGGUCCUUCAGGCAACAGCUCAUGCCCAGGCUCAGCUGGGCUGUCCUGUUAUUAUUCACCCUGGGAGGAGUCCAAGGGCACCAUUUCAGAUUAUCCGAGUGUUGCAAGAAGCUGGUGCAGACAUCUCCAAAACCGUUAUGUCACAUCUUGAUAGGACUAUACUUGAUAAGAAGGAAUUGCUAGAGUUUGCUCAGCUUGGCUGUUACUUGGAAUAUGAUCUCUUUGGUACUGAGCUCCUUCAUUACCAAUUCAACCCAGAUAUUGACAUGCCCGAUGAUAAUAAAAGAAUUAGAAGGGUACAUCUUCUGGUGGAUGAGGGCUAUGAAGAUCGAAUCCUGAUGGCACAUGACAUACAUACGAAGCAUCGGCUGAUGAAAUACGGAGGUCACGGCUAUUCUCAUAUUCUCACCAACAUUGUUCCUAAAAUGCUGCUUAGAGGUAUAACUGAGAAUGCACUGGAUAAGAUACUAAUAAAGAACCCUAAGCUAUGGCUAACUUUCAAAUAGGAUAAUUGUUCAUGAAUUCAUACCUUGAGUAUAAAACGUGCAGAGAACAUUCAGUGAUUUCAAACCCACUGGAACAUACUAAUCAGAGCUAUGUAGGACUAAUGGCGGAUCAUAUCCUUUUUAUGAGGAUUAGAAGAGUUUUGCCUUUUCAGAGACUAUUACAUCUGCACUUUUAGAGUUACUGAGCUUAACUGAGCCCUAUUGUCUUGCCUUAACAAAAUACACAUACAGGAGUACCUAUUUCCAAACAGUGACUUAUAUUCUAUAUCCCCUUAGUGGAGUUUUGUUUUGUUUUGUUUUCUUAAUCUAUCAGCUGUACUACUUGAGAAAAUUUAAAGUGUUUCUAGUUAAAUUACCCCCUUCUGGAGGAAUCUAAUGUUUCUUGUAAUAUUGAUGAUCCUACUAAUUUUCCUGCUGUUCUUUAAUUAAUGCUUAAUGAAUAAUAUAGCACUUUAAAAUAGCUUCUGCAGCAAAGGAAGUUACAUUCUGUGACUUCUUUUUGAAAGGAUACUGUAAUACAGUCACCAAUUCACAGUGACAAAGAUGUUAUGGAAGGUUAAUUAUAUGCUGUACACCUAUCUCUAUAUACUUAAAAUAAAUCACUUUUAUUGCC